AUGUCUCCUUUUUCAGUCCAAUCAAACUCAACCACAAGAUCCACCUCGUCAUCUUCUCCAUUUGAUUGGGAUUACGAUGUCUUCCUGAGUUUCAGAGGUAAAGACACUCGCAAGAACUUUACCGAUCACCUCUACAACGCCUUGGUGGGCGUCGGAACUCGUACAUUCAGAGAUGACGAGGAGCUUCGAAGAGGGGAGAACAUCUCUACCAAACUACUCAAUGCGAUUCGUAGAUCAAGGAUUUCCAUUGUGGUAUUUUCCGAAGGCUAUGCUUCUUCAAGGUGGUGCCUUGAUGAGCUUGUGGAGAUCAUGCGUUGUAGGAAUAUCAGAGGCCAAACUCUUUUUCCGAUAUUUUAUCACGUGGACCCCAAGGAUGUCCGACACCAGAUCGGAACUUUUGCAGAAACCUUUACUAGGCAUGAAAAGCGGUUUCAGACCGAUAUGGAGAGGGUACGAAGGUGGAGAGCAGCACUUUCUGAAGCUGCAAGCUGUUCUGGCUGGGAUCUUAAUAACGAUGCAAAUGGGUAUGAAUCAAGAUUCAUCGAAGUGAUUGUUGAAAAAGUUUUGUGUAAAGUGAACCCCGCUCUCUUGAAUGUUGCCAAACAUCCAAUAGGAAUGGAGCCUCGUGUUAAAGAUAUUAAACGUUUAUUAAAUCUUGGAACAAGAGACGUUCGAGUUGUGGGCAUUUACGGAAUGGGUGGAAUAGGUAAAUCAUCCCUAGCAAAAGCUGUCUACAAUGAAAUAUGUGAUGCAUUUGAAGGAAAUAACUUUCUUUCAAACCUUAAAGAAAGUUCAGAAAAGCCUGAUGGCUUAAUCCAAUUACAAAAUCAACUUCUUUCUGAUAUAUUGAAAAUGAAUUCGAAGAUUGUGAAUGUUGACAGAGGAACCAAUAUAAUUCAACAUAGAAUUCAUGGGAAAAAAUUUCUUGUUAUUCUUGAUGAUGUGGAUGACUUCGGAAACCUACACAUGUUAGUCGAAAAGGACUGGCUUGGUCCAGGAAGUAGAAUUAUUAUAACAACUAGAAAUGAACAUUUGCUAACUCAAUUGAGGGUAGAUGAAAAAUAUAAAGUACAAGGACUGAAUCAUAUGGAGUCUCUUCAAUUGUUCAGUUGGCAUGCCUUCAAUGUGUACAAUCCAAGAAGAGAUUACUCGAAGCUAUCAUUUGAAGCAGUGAAUUAUGCUGGAGGACUUCCAUUAGCUCUUGUGGUUUUGGGUUCUUUUCUUAAAGAAAGAACCAUUGCUGAAUGA